AUGCAUAUAGACAGGCCUCCUGAGAAAUCUGUUCUGCGCUCUGUCCCUCAGCUGCUGGCACAAAUUGGCCCACCGGGGAUCGCUUUGACGACAGAUGAGAGAUCCAUUUCCAUUGUUCUGACGGCUCCGGAGAAGUGGAAGAGAAAUCCAGAAGACAGUUCUCUUUCCAUGAAACAGAUAUACUCUAAUCUGAAGUAUAAUGUGUCCGUAUAUAAUACUCAAUCUAAUAGAACGUGGUCCCAGUGUGUGACCAACCAUACGCUGGUGCUGAGCUGGCUGGAGCCAGACACUCUGUACUGCGUCCACGUGGAGACCUUCGUCCCAGGGCCUCCUCGCCUAGCUCGGCCUUCUGAGAAGCUGUGUGUCCGUACUUUGAAAGAUUUUGAUUUAUGGAAAUGAAUUUGACAAAAGAUUCUUUGUACCUGCUGAAAAAAUUGUGCUUAAUUUUAUCACCCUCAAUAUUGUGGAAGAUUCUAACAUUUCUCAUCAGGAUGUAAGUGUAAGGGGGAAAAGCAAUGAUGUAUGGGACCUGA